UUAUUUCUACCCUCAAAAACCCUUGUCAACCUGUUAACCAUGGCUUGACCAUAAUUCGAGACUUAUCCACUAAAUCAGGAUUUAUGAUGCCAACACCCAAUAAUCGCAUGAAAAAUUGGAUAGCUCUAGGUGGAGCUGUAAUAACUUUUUUAUUUUUUCAACCUAUCAUGCAUUUCCUGAUAAGUGGAGCCCUUGGUUUUGGAGCUUAUAAACUUAUAAAAAGAACCUUGAAUCAUAUUUGGCCACCCAUACAGCCAUUUUACCCACCAACGAUAUCGAUGCAUGAACCAUUGAACCAAGUAGAAAAAACAUUUUGGAGACAUAUGUUUCCAUCCAUUCUUGAAAUUACUAGUGAAAUGAGACGCUCACGAAAAGUAACUGAGGAGAUAUAUUCGUCUUCAAUUGAAAAGAUUCAAGCAGCUUAUAAUAACAAUAGAGAUAUUAGAUUUUUAUUUGGAGAAUAUGAUUCUUCAAUGAUUAAAUUUUCAGAACCGCAAACUGUUAUUUCAGAAUCUUUGACUGUUUCGGAUUCUC